GAUUCGCUGGCUCCGGACUACAUUUCCCAGACGUCUUUAGGCACAAAUCCUCUCCGGGCCGGGCGAGUUUACGGGAGAGCUCUUCGAAGUGCUCCGCUGGAGCCUCUAAGGAUUUUCUGGCUCUUAGUUCCCAUGAACCUCUGGGCCUAAACUAAUCUCAGUCUCUGGGUCCCUGUCCGGUGUCUUCGAGAUUUUUGGUCUCUGCGCGCUCUGGCUUUUCUGGACUCUGUGUUUCACCAAUAGAGGAACCCUAUGGAGCACUAAUUAGUUCCUGGGAUUGUAGAACCAUGACUGACGGCUUGGUGACAUUUGGGGAUGUGGCCAUUGACUUCUCUCAGGAGGAGUGGGAAUUCCUGAACCCUGCUCAGAGGGACUUGUAUGUGGAUGUGAUGUUGGAGAACUACAGCAACUUGGUCUCACUGGAUUUGGAGUCGACAUAUGAGACAAAAAAUACAUUUUCAAAAAAGGACAUUUUUGAAAUAAAUUUUUCCCAGUGGAAGAUAAAGGAAAGAAGUAAAACCAUUGAGCUCGAGGCAUCCAUUUUCAAAAAUAACUGGAAGUGUAAGAGCAGAUUAAAGGGGCUCCAGGGACACCAAGAGAGAUUCUUCAGUCAAGUGAUAAUCAGCUAUGAAAAAAUGCCCACUUACAAAAAGCAUGAAUCUCUUAUUGCACAUCAAAGAACUCCUAAUCAAGAAAAACCUUACAUUUGUAAGGAAUGUGGAAAGGCUUACAGUCAUGGCUCAAAACUUGUUCAACAUGAGAGAAUUCAUAUGGCUAAAAAACAUUUUGAAUGUAAAGAAUGUGGGAAGGACUUUUUAAGUGCCUAUCAACUCACUGUGCAUCAGAGAUUUCAUGCUGGUGAGAAACCUUAUGAAUGUAAGGAAUGUGGGAAGACUUUUAGUUGGGGAUCAAGCCUUGUUAAACAUGAGAGAAUUCAUACUGGUGAGAAACCCUAUGAAUGUAAAGAAUGUGGGAAGGCCUUUAGUCGUGGCUAUCACCUUACUCAACAUCAGAAAAUUCAUAUUGGUGUGAAAUCUUAUGAAUGUAAAGAAUGUGGGAAGGCCUUUUUUUGGGGCUCAAGCCUUGCUAAACAUGAGAUAAUUCAUACAGGUGAGAAACCUUAUAAAUGUAAAGAAUGUGGGAAGGCCUUCAGUCGUGGCUAUCAACUUACUCAGCACCAUAAAAUCCAUACUGGUAAGAAACCUUAUGUAUGUAAAAUUUGUGGAAGGGCUUUUUGUUGGGGCUAUCAACUUACUCGACAUCAGAUAUUUCAUACUGGCAAGAAACCCUAUGAAUGUAAGGAAUGUGGGAAGACUUUUAAUUGUGGCUCUAGUCUGGUUCAACAUGAGAGAAUCCAUACAGGUGAGAAACCCUAUGAAUGUAAAGAAUGUGGAAAGGCCUUUAGUCGUGGCUAUCACCUUACUCAACAUCAGAAAAUCCAUACUGGUGAGAAACCUUUUGAAUGUAAGGAAUGUGGGAAGGCUUUCAGUUGGGGUUCAAGCCUCGUUAAACAUGAGAGAGUUCAUUCUGGUGAGAAAUCUUAUGAAUGUAAAGAAUGUGGAAAAACCUUUGGUAGUGGCUAUCAACUUACUCGACAUCAGAUAUUUCAUACUGGUGAGAAACCCUAUAAAUGUAAGGCAUGUGGGAAGGCCUUUAAUUGUGGCUCUAGUCUGGUUCAACAUGAGAGAAUCCAUACUGGUGAGAAACCCUAUGGAUGUAAAGAAUGUGGGAAGACCUUUAGUCGUGGCUAUCACCUUACUCAACAUCAGAAAAUCCAUACUGGUGAGAAACCUUUUAAAUGUAAGGAAUGUGGGAAGGCCUUUAGUUGGGGUUCAAGCCUUGUUAAACAUGAGAGAGUUCAUACUGGUGAGAAAUACUAUGAAUGUAGAGACUGUGGGAAGGUCUUCAGUAAUGACUAUCAACUUAGUGUUCAUCAGAGAUUUCAUACUGGUGAGAAACCUUAUCAAUGUAAGGAAUUUGGGAAGACCUUUACUUGUGGCAUAAGCCAUGUUCAACAUGAAAGAAUUAUGAAUAAUGAUAAACGCUACAAAUAUAAAGAGUGUGGGGAAGCCUUUAUAUGGACAGCCUAUUCAAAUGGGGCAGCUGAUGCUGGUGAAACUUUAUGACUGAAGAAAUGUGAAAGAAUGUGUCUGUGUAUGUGUAUAGACAACUUACUUAAUGUGAGAAGUCUUACUCUUGCGAAACCUUUUGAAUGUAGGGAAUGUGCAAAACCCUAAACUGUGUAUGGAUAACUGAUAUCAGAAAAUUCAUAUUAGUGAGGAAUAUUUUGAAAAUGAGGACUAUGAAAAGGCCUUUCAACUUCUGUAUGAUUUUGAACAUCUAUACUAAUGUGAAGCCAUUUAAAUGUAGGAAAUGUGUAAAGAUCUUUAAUUCAUAAUACAAAGUCUCAUAAGUGUUGGAAAAAUUAUGCUCAUCAGAAACUCUUAAAGGGAUAUGGGAAGAUUUUAAAUUUAGUUUGGUUCUUGCAUAUCAGAGAAUUCAUACUGCUGUGAAAUCCUGUGAAUUUAAGGAGUAUGGGAAGACUUGUAAUCAUGGUAAACAUCUUAAAAUACAUCAGGGAAUUCAUCCUAAUGAAAAGCCAUUUGAAUUAGAAUUGUAGGAAGGCCUUUAGACAAGUGCCACUCCAGCUAUUGUCCAGAGACAUUCUGCCAGUCUAUAAAAUCAUUGCCUGUCAAUCAUGAGAUAAAUGCAGAAAGUGAGAGUAAAUGUUUGGAAACUUUUAUAGAAAUUUGAUAUUGCCAUAACAUUAUCAUUAUAUUUUACAAAAGUUAUCAGUCAACGAAUGAUUGGAAAUUAAAAAUGAAAACUUUGUCCUUUAUAAGUUGAGAGACAACAUUCAUACUUUAAAACAGGAGACAAGUUACAAAGUAACUUAAUUAGAAUAAGAAAUUCUUCACUCCUCAGACAAUGAUUAGAGUAGCAGAAUACUUAAUACUUCAUAAGAUAUGUAGGAUGUAUAUACUGUUAGGACCAAACUGGAGCCAGGACACGCUCUAAGGGGCAGGCUAGGCCUGAGGUUUAGUCUCUAGGAAAGCUGAAGC